UUUGAGACAUCCGGUGAGAGGGGCUCAGUCUGCACGCGCGUGAAACACUUCAGUUUGAAAGCUCACCAUGGUGCAGCUGUCUCCUUCCACUAACCUGGAUGUCACACCACCUGAGCACUUGGAGGGCGGGGAGGAUAGACGGGGGGACCUUGUGGUGGCUGAUGGCCCAAAGGGGGGCUCGCCCCUGGGUCUGAGCACCCAGCAGCUCAGCAUGGAGACAUCCACUGCCUACCACGGCUAUGACCUCUACAUCGAAGAUGGUCUCAUCUGCUUAAAAAACAAAGUCCGCAACUUGGAGAAAAAGAAGCUGAAACUUGAAGACUACAAGAGGAGGCUGACCUGGGGGGAGGAACUUAACCAUGAUCAGAUGGCGGCGGCGGAAAAGUACGAGGAGGUGCUUCAUAACCUGGCAUUUGCACAGGAGCUGCACAAAACCCUGGAUGAAUUGACUCUGAAUUUGUUGAGAGCCCAGAGGAAGGCAGUGAAGAAGGAAAAAGCGGCAAAGGUGGAGACUGAGAGGAAGAAUCUGACCUCUGUGCUGCAGUUCCAGCACCUUCUCCACAUCAUGCAGCUGGAGCACAUCAGGACAGACCUGCUGGCUGGACACAACCAGGCCCCGCCCAUCACAGCCCAGCAGCUGCAGAGCCUGAGUCAGCUGGCCACCCUGCUGGGAGUCAAGAGAGAUCACACACUGAGUUUAGAGGAGCAGAUGGAGCGGGCGGCUGUGGCCCACUUGGACCUGCUGGAAGGGAAAGACAAGCCGGUGGCUGGAUCCACAUAUAAGCUGUUCAAAGAAGAACUCGCUGAGCUGAUGAACUGCAAGUACUUCACUUGUCUUCCAUCUCCACCCAAUAACCCUGCAGAGGAGUUUCUGAGAGCCAACAGCCACAGCCCUAUAGCCACAUCAAACUCAAAGGAAGUUUCCAAGGAGAACUGGAAGGGGGGCUUCCAGACCAGGGAGCGCGAGCCUCCUGACUGCUGGGAUCUGGACUCAUCUGUUGGACCCUGUUCCCCCCCUGCUGCAGUUCACAGACCAUGGAGAGGAGCUGCCACCUUCAUCCCCAAAGGCCCCGUCACCACCAAGAAACAAUCUGCUGGCUGCAAACAG